UGACCCUUCUUCUCGCGAGUUGUGGUACUUUUGAGGUAGCAGAAAACAUGGCGGAUGAACACGGUCGGAAAUGGGAUCGUUGUCUGGCUGAUAGCGCUGUGAAAUUAGCAACCGGCCUUGGCGUGGGUAUUGUUUUCUCAGUCCUUUUCUUCAAACGACGCACGUGGCCAGUGGCGUUUGGCUCAGGUGUGGGACUGGGCAUGGGCUACUCCAACUGCCAGAAUGACUUUAGGUCUCCUUACCUGCUGCACGGCCAGAUGGUAAAGGACCAGUAGAGGAAGAAGCGGAAGCUGAUUUAGAAGUAGCUUAUUUUGUUCGUUAUAAUUGUAUCUGUUUUCUUUAUCGUUUCUUUUUCUUUGGAUCCUCGCACUAAAUGGAGUUUACUUUGCUGCCCUAUGUAAUUACUGUGUCUCUCAACGGGCAGGCAGUGUCUAUUUAAUAAAGUUAUGAAGAAUUAUACAAAAAAAAAA